AUGUCCGACGACGCCGCGCCAGACACCGGCGCCGCCAAGACCCCGGCGGACUUCCUCAAGUCCAUCCGCGGUAAGCCCGUGGUGGUCAAGUUGAACAGCGGUGUGGACUACAGGGGCAUCCUCGCGUGCCUCGACGGGUACAUGAACAUCGCCAUGGAACAGACGGAGGAGUACGUGAACGGUCAGCUGAAGAACAAGUACGGCGACGCGUUCAUCCGCGGCAACAACGUGCUCUACAUCUCCACGGCGAAGGACAAGUGA